AUGAAGCAGGAGCUGACCUUCCGAUUCCCCGCCUGCAUCACCGCCAAGCGUGUAUCCAGCUCUGCGGCCAAGAUCGAGCGGGAGGUGAAGAUUCUGACCAAGUGCCAUGGUCAUCCCAACAUCCACUCCUUUGUGGGUGUCUUCUGCGUUGACAGCAAGCGCACCAAGAAGGGCAAGGCACGGUCCACCUGGGCCCUUGCAAUGGAAUACCACUGCGGCGGGGACCUGUGGCAGCAGAUCCAGUGGCGGGGGUCGAUGGACGAGCAUUCGGUCAUAAAAGCCAUGAUUGGAGUGACCUCAGCGCUCACCUUCCUUCAUGGUCUGCGGAUCGUGCACCGAGACGUGCGGGCACCACUUGUGCUUCUCAGCUACGACGGCACGGGCGUCCUCUCUGACUUUAGUCUUGCCGUGGACCUGAACGCGCCGGGGAAGCCUGUGCCCCACGAGUCGCCCUACGCCGCGCCGGAGCUGACCCGGCCAGACUUCGAUGAGCGGGUGGAUGUCUUCAGCAUUGGGGUAUUGAUGUUCCUGGCCCUCACUGGUAUCUAUCCAUACUGUGGCAACCCCAGUGCGGUGCGUGCGGUGAACUUUAACCUUCCAUCGCUGGACGGCGUGUGUGGCUCCUUGCGGCUGUUACUCCGUACGGCCCUGGCAAGGGAAGCGAAGCACCGGCCCAGCGCACGGAACUUGUUUGCCACCUUGUGGAACACAGCGACCAACGAGGUGAAGGCUUUAACAAAUCAGUCAGCUCUGUCCCUCGGUGCAGCCGACUGA